AUGACCGGCACCAACGGAACCAGCAAGGACCGCAGCCGAUCUCCGCGCAAGGAGCUGAAGGUCGCAUCCAAGCUCACAGACGCAGACCUUUGCGAUGGGUUCUCCGCUGCAGAGAUCUUCGGGUCGAAGACGGCGAUGAGCGGCUACACUUACGACGACCUCAUCUGCCUGCCUGGUCACAUCAACUUCGGGGUGCACGACGUGGCGCUGGGCACGAAGUUCUCCAAGAAGAUCACUCUCAAGACGCCCAUCGUCUCCAGCCCCAUGGACACCGUCACGGAGUCGAACAUGGCCAUCGCCAUGGCCUUGGAGGGUGGCAUUGGUGUCAUCCACACCAACCUGCCUGUCGAGACUCAGGCCGCCGAGGUGGCGAGGGUGAAGAAGUUCAAGGCGGGCUUCAUUCUGGAGCCACGCUGUGUGCCACCGACCAUGACCGUGGAAGAGCUGGACAAGCUCAAGGGUACUCUGGGCUUCACUGGCUUCCCCGUGACCGAGAACGGACAGAUGGGUGCCAAGCUCUUGGGACUUGUGACGAAGCGAGACACCGACUUCAUCCAGGACCGCAAGACCCGCCUUAGCCAGAUCAUGACCCCCGCCGCCAACUUAGUGACCAAGCUCGAGGGCUGUGAUCUCCUCGAGGCCAACGAGACCCUCCAGAAGUCGAAGAAGGGCAAGCUCCCAAUUGUCACGAAGGGGGGUCUCCUGGUGGCUUUGGUGGCACGAACUGACAUCAAGAAGAACGUUGACUUCCCCAACGCUACGAAGCACCCUGUGAACAAGGAGUUGCUGGUGGCUGCAGCCAUCGGCACGCGCCCUGCAGAUCGUGAUCGGGUCAAGGCCUUGGUAGCCGCGGGUGUGGAUGCUGUCGUCAUUGACAGCAGCCAGGGCGACAGCGUGUUUCAGCACGAGAUGGUCAAGUGGAUCAAGGGCACCUUCCCCGAUUUGCAGGUGGUAGCUGGCAACGUGGUGACGAAGCGCCAAGCCCAGCAUUUGAUCGAGUGUGGCGCAGAUGCUCUCCGUGUUGGCAUGGGGAUCGGCUCCAUCUGUACGACGCAGGAAGUCUGCGCCUGCGGCCGUGCUCAAGCUUCCGCCGUCUACAAUGUGGCGAAGCUGGCGAGGCUCCACGGCGUUCCCAUCCUGGCGGAUGGUGGCAUCUCCAGCCCAGGUCACAUCGUCAAGGCGCUCAGCCUUGGUGCAGGGGCGGCGAUGUGUGGUAGCCUCCUCGCCGGCACGGCGGAGACUCCCGGUGAGUACUUCUACUCCGACGACGGCAAGCGACUGAAGCGCUACCGCGGUAUGGGCUCCAUCGACGCCAUGAAGAAAGGCAGCGACGACCGCUACUUCGGAACGGCCGCCGUGAUCAAGGUGGCCCAGGGCGUGUCCGGGACGGUGCAGGACAAAGGCAGCAUCCACAAGUACAUCCCGUACCUCACGCAGGGCAUCAAGCACGGCAUGCAGGACAUCGGCGCGGCGAGUGUGGACAAAUUGCAGUCUAUGCUGCAGGAGGGCCAACUUCGCUUUGAGCUCCGCUCCGCGGCGGCGCAGCGCGAGGGCGGCGUGCAUGGUUUGCACAGCUUCGAGCGCAAGCUAUUCGACAGCUGA